CCGCGCGGGGUGGCCGCAGGCGCCAUCGGCGGCUGUGUCGAUCCCUCCGCGUCGCGCCGCGCCGUGCCGUGCCGUGCCGGCGGGAGCGGCCGUAGCCAUGGCCCGCGGAGCGGAGCCGGCGCUCGCUGCCCUUCUCGGCCUGGUGCUGGCCGUGCUCAGCCGCGCCGAGCCCGCGGCCGCAUUGCAGUGUAUGGAUGAUUCCAAGCCAUGUGUUAACGAGGGAAAGUGCAUUCCAUAUCAGAAUGGUACAGGAUAUUGCAAGUGUCGAGAAGGCUUUCUUGGAGACUACUGUCAGUACAGAAACCCCUGUGAAAGCAAUACCUGUAAGAACGGGGGAACUUGUGAAACUACGUCUCUGAUAGGAAAGGCUACCUGCAGGUGUGCUCCAGGGUUCACGGGAGAGGAUUGCCAGUACUCCGAAUCGCACCUCUGCUACGUGUCCCAGCCCUGCCUGAACGGAGGGACUUGUCAUCCCCACAGCCAGGAAACGUACGAGUGUGUCUGCCCUCCAGGUUACACAGGAAAGGAUUGCCAGUGGAUUGAUGCCUGUACCUCUCAACCUUGUGCCAAUGGAAGUACAUGUACUGUAUCUGGAAAUAAGUUCUCCUGUGUCUGUCUCCCUGGCUACACUGGCCAGAGGUGUGAGAUAGAUGUGAAUGAAUGUGCCACACCAGGCCUUUGUCAGCAUGGUGGGACCUGUGUCAAUUUGCCUGGUUCAUACCGAUGUCAGUGCAAGCCGGGCUAUACAGGGCAUCGCUGUGAGAGCGUGUAUGUGCCGUGUUCCCCAUCACCCUGUAUGAAUGGAGGAACUUGUCAUCAAACAAGUGACUUCACCUUUGAGUGCAACUGUCUGCCAGGUUUCGAGGGAAGCGUCUGUGGGCACAACGUUGACGACUGCCCAAAUCACAACUGUCAAAACGGGGGAAUAUGUGUGGAUGGUGUGAACACAUACAAUUGCCGCUGCCCACCACAAUGGACAGGCCAGUUUUGCACUGAAGAUGUUGAUGAAUGUCAGCUCCAGCCCAAUGCUUGUCAGAAUGGAGGUACCUGCACCAACCACAAUGGAGGCUAUGCCUGUGUCUGUGUCAAUGGUUGGAGUGGGGAUGACUGCAGUAAGAACAUUGAUGAUUGCUUCACUGCCUCCUGUGCUAACGGAUCUACUUGCAUUGAUCGAGUGGCUUCUUUUUCAUGCAUUUGUCCAGAAGGAAAGGCAGGUCUUCUGUGCCACUUGGAUGAUGCAUGUGUUAGCAAUCCAUGCCAGAAGGGUGCUCUGUGUGAUACCAAUCCUGUGAAUGGACACUAUAUUUGCACCUGUCCUCAAGGCCAUAAGGGAGCAGACUGCACUGAGGAUGUGGACGAGUGUGCAAUGGCAAACAGCAAUCCGUGUGAACAUGCUGGGAAAUGCGUAAACACAGAAGGCUCUUUCCACUGCGAGUGUUUAAAGGGCUACACAGGACCUCGCUGCGAAAUGGACAUCAAUGAAUGCCACUCAAAUCCAUGCCAAAACGAUGCCACCUGCCUGGAUAAAAUUGGAGGAUUCACAUGUCUCUGUAUGCCAGGUUUUAAAGGUAUACACUGUGAAGAAGAUAUUGAUGAGUGUCUAAGUAAUCCCUGUGUGAACAAUGGAGAGUGUCUUGAUAAAGUCAACCGCUUUCUCUGUGUCUGUCCUCCUGGAUUCAGUGGUGCUGUGUGCCAGAUUGAUAUAGACGACUGCUCCAGCACACCGUGUCUUAACGGAGCCAAAUGUAUUGACCAUCCCAAUGGUUAUGAGUGCCAGUGUGCCACAGGUUUUACUGGCCUUCUGUGUGAGGAGAAUAUCAACAACUGUGAUCCGGAUCCUUGCCACCAUGGGGAAUGUCAAGAUGGAAUUGAUUCAUACACAUGUAUAUGCAAUCCUGGCUACAUGGGUGCCAUAUGCAGCGAGCAGAUAGAUGAAUGCCACAGCAAUCCCUGCCUCCAUCAGGGGCGCUGCAUUGAUUUGGUGAAUGGCUACCAGUGCAACUGUUUGCUGGGCACUUCAGGGGUGAACUGUGAAAAUAACUUUGAUGACUGUGCAAGUAACCCAUGCAUUCAUGGGGACUGUAUUGAUGGCAUUAAUCGCUACAAUUGUGCUUGCAAACCUGGAUUUACAGGCCCACGUUGUAACGUGGACAUUGAUGAAUGCACAUCUAACCCCUGUCAUAAUGGUGGAACAUGUCUAAAUGAAGUCAACGGCUUUCGGUGUGUAUGUCCUGAAGGUUACCAUCAUCCUCACUGUCAGUCACAGGCAGAUGGUUGUCUUAGUAAUCCCUGUGUACAUGGCAACUGCACACAUAUCACUAGUGGGUACAAGUGUGUCUGCGACCCAGGCUGGAUAGGAGAUUACUGUUCAACAGAAGGGAAUGAAUGCAAAUCGAACCCAUGCCAGAACGGAGGAACUUGUGAGGAUCUGUUGAAUGGAUAUAGAUGUUCCUGUAGGAAAGGAUUCAAAGGAGUGAACUGCCAGGUAGUGGUUGCUCCUUGUUCCCCUGAUCCUUGUGAGAACUCGGGAAUCUGCCAAGAAUCUCCUGACUCCGAAGGCUACACCUGCCAGUGUGCCCCUGGCUGGGAAGGGGAGAGGUGUACAGUGGAUAUUGAUGAAUGUCUCUCCAAGCCCUGCAAAAAUCAUGCUCUGUGCCAUAAUAUUCAAGGCAGUUACCUGUGUGAAUGUCGGCCAGGCUUCACUGGAGGAGACUGUGACAGUAACAUUGAUGACUGCCUUUCAAAUCCCUGCCAAAAUGGAGCUUCAUGUGUGGAUGGGAUUAACUCCUUCUCAUGCAUCUGCCUGCCUGGAUUUCACGGAGAUAAAUGUCAAACAGAUACCAAUGAAUGUCUGAGCGAGCCGUGCAGGAACGGAGGCACGUGCACCCACUACGUCAACAGUUACACGUGCAAGUGCCAGCCUGGGUUUGAGGGAACCAACUGUGAGAACAACAUCGAUGAAUGCACUGAGAGCUCCUGUUUCAAUGGAGGUACUUGUGUAGAUGGGAUCAAUUCCUUCACUUGCCAGUGUCCGGUGGGGUUUACAGGACCCUUCUGCCUCGUGGAAAUUAAUGAGUGCGAUUCACAUCCUUGCUUGAACAAAGGCUCCUGCGUGGACAGCCUGGGCACAUACCGAUGUAUAUGUCCUUUGGGUUAUACUGGGAAGAACUGUCAGGCGCUCAUGGAUCUGUGCAGCAAGUCUCCCUGUAAGAAUAAAGGCACGUGUGUCCAGAAUGGAGCCCAGACCCAAUGCGUCUGUCCACCUGGCUGGACUGGUACUUACUGUGAUGUGCCCAAUGUCUCCUGUCAAGUGGCAGCUUCGCAAAGGGGAGUCACAGUGGACCAGUUGUGCCAGCACUCUGGCCAUUGCCUCAAUGUUGGGAACACACACCACUGUCAGUGCCAGGUGGGUUACACUGGCAGUUACUGCGAGGUGCAGCUGGAUGAGUGUGACUCCAGCCCCUGCCAGAAUGGUGCCACCUGCCAGGAUCACCUGGGUGGAUACCAGUGCAAGUGUGUUCCUGGAUACCAGGGUGUCAACUGUGAAUAUGAAGUGGAUGAGUGCCAGUUUCAGCCCUGCCAGAAUGGAGGAACGUGUAUAGACCUUGUCUAUGAUUUCAAGUGCUCCUGUCCACCAGGAACUCGGGGCCAUUUGUGCGAGGAGAACAUCGAUGACUGUGUUUCAGACUUGGGAGUACCCCGCUGCUUUAAUGGAGGACAGUGUAUUGACCAGAUUGGGGGCUACAGCUGCAUUUGUCUCCCAGGCUUUGCAGGCGAGCGAUGUGAGGGAGAUAUCAAUGAAUGCCUCUCUAAUCCUUGUAACCCUCGUGGAAGUCUGGACUGUGUUCAGCUGAUAAACGAUUAUACAUGCAUCUGUCGUAGUGCUUUUACUGGUCGUCACUGUGAGAGCGUAAUAGAUGUGUGUCCCCGAAAGCCUUGUCAGAAUGGAGGUACCUGUGCUGUUGCCAGCAAUAUGCCGGAUGGGUUCAUCUGCCAGUGUCCCCCGGGUUAUUCUGGAGCAAAAUGUGAGUUCAGCAGCCACAGUACUUGUGGACAAGUGAAAUGCAAGAAGGGGGAGCAGUGCAUCCAGACAUCUUCUGGUCCACGGUGCUAUUGCCCCAAGCUGUCUGUGGGAGAGGAAUGCCAGACAAACACGGGUUGUGCCAGUGCUCCCUGCCAGAAUGGUGGAAGCUGCCACCCUCAUUCUCAGCCUCCUUACUAUUAUUGUCAGUGCCCUGUUCACACCCAAGGCAGCCAGUGUGAACAGCCCGUAACUUUCAGCCCAGAGCCCCGAGGAUGUUUGGAUUCCCAGUGUGUGGAAAAAGCGAAAGAUGGCUAUUGUGAUGAGGACUGUAACACUCAUGCCUGCCAGUGGGAUGGAGGCGACUGCUCCCUGACAAUGGAAGAUCCUUGGGCCAACUGCUCCUCUUCAUUGCGCUGCUGGAUGCUUUUCAAUGGACAGUGUGACGAGUUCUGCAACACACCCGAGUGCCUGUUUGACAACUUUGAAUGUCAGCAAAACAGCAAAACAUGCAAGUAUGACAAGUAUUGUGCGGAUCACUACGCAGAUGGCCGCUGUGACCAGGGCUGCAAUAGUGAGGAGUGUGGCUGGGACGGUCUAGACUGUGCUGGUGACAAAGCUGAGAAGCUGGCAGAAGGGACCCUGAUCAUUGUGGUCUUGAUGCCCCCUGAUGAGCUGCUGGGUGAUGUUCGCAGCUUCUUGCGCACUUUGGGAACUCUCUUGCACACCAAUCUGAGAAUCAAGCUGGACUCCCAGGGAAACCCCAUGGUAUUCCCAUACUACGGGGAGAAAUCGGCAGCACGGAGUCGGCGAUCACUUGUCAUUCGCAAACACAGAGAACUAGAGCAAGAGGUCAUUGGCACCAGGGUGUUCCUGGAGAUUGACAACCGUCAGUGUGCAGAGGAUUCGGAGCAAUGCUUUCAGAACACAGAAGCUGCUGCAGCUCUCUUAGCUGCUCAGGCCAUCAAGGGCAUGUUGCCCUAUCCUUUUGUGUCUGUCCAAAGUGAACCCUUGUUACCACCGAAGACGCAGUUGCUUUACCUACUGGCUGUGGCAGCUUUGAUCAUCCUCUUAAUCCUUCUCUUGGGUGUGAUGAUGGCAAAGCGUAAGCGCAAACAUGGUUCGCUGUGGCUCCCAGAGGGCUUUAUUCUGCGCAGAGAUCCUAGUAAUCAUAAACGCAGAGAGCCAGUUGGGGAAGAUGCUGUUGGACUCAAAAAUCUGUCAGUCCAGAUACCAGAGGGUAACCUGGCAGAUUCUGGACCAACUGAACACUGGGCAGGUGAUGGUGGACCUCAGCCAAAGAGAGCAAAGGCUGAAGAUCAAGCCUUGCUCCCAGAAGGCGAUGAGCAGAUAGAUCAGCGCCAGUGGACACAGCAGCACUUGGAGGCAGCAGAUGUCUGUGGGAGCACAUCACUAGCCCUUACACCACCUCAAGCAGAUCAAGAAGUGGAUGUUCUGGAUGUCAAUGUCAGAGGGCCAGAUGGAUGUACUCCACUUAUGUUGGCAUCUCUGCGUGUGGGCGGCUCCGAUAUCAGCGAUGAUGAUGAAGAUGCAGAAGAUUCCUCAGCAAAUAUAAUAACAGAUUUGAUCUAUCAAGGCGCCAACCUGCAGGCCCAAACAGACCGCACUGGGGAGAUGGCACUGCACCUAGCAGCCCGGUACUCGAGAGCAGAUGCUGCGAAACGUUUGCUGGAUGCUGGUGCAGAUGCUAAUGCACGGGACAACAUGGGACGAACUCCCCUGCAUGCAGCUGUGGCUGCUGAUGCUCAGGGUGUCUUCCAGAUCCUGAUCCGUAACAGAGUGACAGACUUGGAUGCUCGGAUGAAUGAUGGAACGACCCCGUUAAUUCUGGCCGCACGUCUGGCAGUGGAAGGAAUGGUGGCCGAGCUAAUUAAUUGCCAGGCAGAUGUGAAUGCUGUUGAUGACCACGGUAAAUCUGCUCUUCACUGGGCUGCUGCUGUCAACAAUGUGGAAGCAACACUAGUGCUGCUGAAAAAUGGGGCCAACAGAGACAUGCAGGAUAACAAGGAAGAGACGCCACUCUUCCUUGCUGCUCGAGAAGGCAGUUUCGAAGCAGCAAAAAUCUUGCUGGACCACUUUGCCAAUCGAGACAUCACGGACCACAUGGACCGCCUGCCCCGCGAUGUGGCCCAGGACCGGAUGCACCAUGACAUAGUGCAGCUUCUCAACGAGUACAAUGUGGCACACAGCCCCGCUGGGCACCCCGGUGCCAUGCUGAACUCUGCCCUCUCCCCGGUCAUCUGUGGCCCAAAUAGGUCCUUCCUCAAUCUGAAGCACGCUUCCUUAAGCAAGAAGUCACGAAAACCGAAUGCCAAAGGCAUUAUGCCCACAAACCUCACCAAAGAUGCAAAGAGGAGAAGGAAGAAGUCCCUCAGUGAGGGCAAAGGGCAGUUUUCAGAGAGCUCGGUGACCCUGUCACCAGUUGAUUCCCUAGAAUCGCCACAUGCUUUUGCAUCCGAACCAACAUCGUCUCCCGUGAUGCCAUCGCCGGGGGUGUUACACUCGUCGCCCAGCUCACUGCUGACUGCUCCGUCGGUGCAGGCCGCGCACACCAUGUCCUUCUCCAACCUCCACGAGAUGCAGCCCUUAGGACGCGGGUCUGGCACGGUGCUCCCGUCCGUCAGCCAGCUGCUUUCGCAGCACAGAACCACCCCUCCUAACAGCGGGCUUGGCAGGCUCCGGCCAGCCGACGUUUCCACCGAGUGGAUGAACCGUAUGGAGGUGAACGAGUCCCAGUACAACGAAAUGUUUGGCAUGGUGCCGCAGGUGAUGCAUUCGCACCCCAGCGUGUCUCAGCAGAGCGGAUUGGUUCAAGCAGAUACAAAGCACAUGGGAGUUUCCAGGGAGUCUCUGCCCCCUAUCAUGACUUUCCAGCUGGUUCCCAAGGGUGGCAUAAACCAGCAAGCACUGCCGCAGCAGGCCCAGUCAAACUGCGCUCAGAACAUGGCUGGGCCUCUUAGCUCCAUGUACCAGAUACCGGAUUUAGCUCAGCUGCCCAGCGCCUCGUUCUCCAUGGCUGCCAUCCCUCAGCAGGACGGGCAGGUGGCUCAGACGGUCCUCCCAGCUUACCACCAGUUCCAGAGCUCGAUGGGGAAGUACCCCACGCCUCCCUCACAGCACAGCUGCUACUCCUCGGCCACAGAACGGACUCCUAGCCACAACCGGCACUUACAAGGGGAGCACCCAUACCUGACUCCAUCGCCCGAAUCUCCAGACCAGUGGUCAAGCUCCUCCCCACACUCUGCCUCUGACUGGUCUGAUGUGGCAACCAGUCCCAGUAACAACCAGCGUGGGCCAGCGGCCGCUCACAUGACAGAGCAGCAGCGGAACAACAUGCAGGUGUAUGCCUGAAGGCUGGCCAAGAUGAAGCCCGAUUAAAGCGGACUCCAGAACUCAUGAAGGUCUUCCAGGAUGGCAAUGAAGAACCAUUUUAGUAUCCAAGAGUCUUAAUGAGCCCAGGCUGUUUUUUCCUUGGAGGGACUGUGGUCGCUGUGGGCUUGUAUGCUUUUAUGCUAAACAGAGAACUGUAGAAGCUGGUGACGGAGAAGGCCGGCUGGGUCACUUCUAACCGACACCCAUGCACCUUGGAUGUGAUUGCUGUCUGCACUGGAUUCUCCAGCCUGCUCUUAAAUCUGUUCCACCAUUUCUUUGGGGAGACAGCUCUUCAGCUUAAUACAUCUCAUGGUCGUUUCUCCAGAAAUUAAACCAGCUUUGUAUCCUUAUUUUGUUACUCCUCCUGUUACCCACGUAACUUCUCUCUGAAGCACCUUCUACUAGUUCUCCUCGAGUUCAAGUUGCCUUGCCUUGUCUUGACACAGCUCAGAGCUGCACCCGCGUUCCUAGACCCCUCCUUCCCUCGGCUGCUCUUGCUCAGCAAGCUAGCCGGACUUCCCAAAACACCUGCAGGUCAAGUGACACCUUCUGUCGUGCAGCUUCACCCUUCCCUCUUCAAGUCUUUUGUCUUAUACAGACCCACUAACACCCCUUAGUGUUCUCACUGCCUGCCCCCCCCAGGUAUUAUGAGGUUAUAUAUACAUAUAGUCUUCCCCUAGGUCUUUCCCGCCCCGGCCCCCCCGCCCCCCCCCCCAAAAAAAAACAAACAACGCUGGUCUGACCCGGUCUUCCCUCCGCGGUGACCUGUAGGCACAUCUCUCUCGAGUUGUAUGUCUUCCCCGAGACACACCUGACCGUUUUGACACACUACCCUCCCUGUCCCCCCAUCCUGCCAGGUGUGUCCGUGACUGCCUUCAUGGGCUCCCAUGCUGGAAGAGAUGCCCUGCAACCGACACAGGCCUUUUGGGAAGCUCUCGGGAUGCGCAUGAGUGUUUCAGAACCUGAUGACAGACGCUCCCAGUGUUCUUGCACAGUACUCCCCUCCCCUCCAUCCAAGGGUGGCUGUGUCCUGUCCUCCAGAUAACAUAUGCUGCCUCUUUGUGGUAUUAUUAAGAAGUGUCAAGGAUGUCAUUAAGUGUUUGCAGCACGUCUCCUGUGUCAGGAAUGGCAUCCAGCCCUUUGAAAAUUGUCCCUUUCACUUCAGCCCUGGGACAAGGCUGCCUUGUCUUCCUCUCCCAACAGGGAGGCUGCAGCACUGACUCCCAAGCAGGCUUCCAGCCGCAGCAGUGUGCCUGAAACCAGGAGCUGGGCUUAAGCAGCAGACCAAAAAGCUUGGACACCGUUGCCUAAUGCUGUUUGGUUAACAGGUUUGGGGCUGUCCUCUGCACUCAGCUUCUGCCUGUACCGAGAUUUCCCGACUGAGGUGCCCGACGUGCUCUGUGGGAUGGUGGUGCCAUUUGUGCUGCGGUUCCCCCAGUAUUUUCGGAGUUACGGAAGCCAGCUGUCACUGACCUUAGGCAAACAGCCACUCUUUCUGCUUUCCGCAAGAGUAGCGCUUCCCUGAAGGGCUCUGAACCAGUCAGCAGCCGAAGCGAACACUUGUGGGGAUGGUUUGCUCCUACCUCUUCGGGGGAACCCUGCAGACACAUGUUCCAAAGAGAUCGGGGCUGUCGGCUGCCGCUAAAGGACAGAGAACGCCGCUCCCCUCCAAGCAGCGGCCAUUCAGCAUCCUACCAUGUACAGUAUUUUCUCUGAUGUUUCUUUCCAUUCUAAUCAAAAGUAAAAGCUUUUUAAUUUUUUUUUUUUUUUUUGAUUCUACUCAAUGGUACAUGAAGGCAGGGCCUCAGGAGGAGCUGGUUCCCGGGGCCAUUGUUUUGGGCUGAAGUUUUUAAUUUUGAAGUUACUGCUUUUUACGACGCACAGAGCAUUCCCCGGCACGCUCGCUGCAGUGUGUCCUGUGAAGCUGAGCUGCAACCAACUCAGAUCUCCAGGCAGGAGCCUGCAAGCUCCUGGAGGUCUGUCCAGGUACAUGUUUCACUGCAAAUAAUGAAGUGUUGCUACAUCGAUGCUAAAGAAACAAAGGGCUUUUCCUUGUUAGCCCCAAAUAACCAAGUGCCUUUUUAUAUAUGUGGCUACCUUUUACAAGAUGAGUGCUUUCUGUGGAAUGAAGCCAGUUUCGUGCCUGGCGUGUUAAUAUGAUGGCCCUCUGCCUUUUUUUUUUUUUUUAACUACUUGUAAAGAUAAUAUCUCCUUAAGGUGGUAUUUUAUCUCAUAAGUUGUAGAGUAACCAUUCACACAGCAGCAUUUUCCUACAUUAAUAAUGGAAAAUAUUUGCUUAUUUUUACAUUUUUUAUAAAAGUCUUUUAUGAAAAUAGUUGCUGCAAAAUGUAUAAGCAAUUUUUAUCCCCAGAAUAAAGAGUAUGUGCCCAG